AUGGUGGCAUCGACAUUGGCGGGCAGUUCCCUCUACGAGAGGCGCGUUGUCGAACGCGUCCACCGCUAUCAAUGGCCCGGCGUCCAGCUCAACCUCUGGAUCCUCGUCAUGCUCGUGGCCGCCUGCCUCAUCAUCGGUGUUUUUGCGUCCUUUAUCGAGACGCAGCAGCAGCUGCUUCUGCCCAUUCCCUGGUACUUUCCCUACUACAUCACCGUCGCAUCCCUCGUCAUCCUCUUCAUCGGCCUCCUCCUCUGGCUAGUCUUCCAGCGUCGUCUCCUCCCGGCCAUUGUCAUGAUCGGCGCCUUUAUUCUCUUCAUACUAUGGUUCGUCGGCCUUGUUGUCGUGAGUAUUCAGCUCUGGGGCCCCGACGGGUCCGUCUCGAGCACGUGCAACCUCGCCGUGUUUAAUCGGAGCCCGACGGGGCAGAGUCUGGAUACCCUCGCGUGGCUGGAACAGAAGAGCAUAUGCCAGGCAUGGCAGGCGGUGUUUUCGUUUGCGCUUGUCGGUGCCAUCUUCCUGCUUUGGAUCAUGGUCAUGGCCUACCAAGUGUUUGCCAACUCGUGA